AUGCAAAGAAAUCCAAAUUACGCCCGUGAUAGAGAUGACACCGACGGUGGUGAUACUAACACUAGCGGCGAUUCAAGGACGGUGGAAAACUUCAUACCUCUAUCCCAUGUGAAAUCAAUAACGAGCACAUCAAACCCAUUUGUCAGGCACUGCGUCAAGCUCUGUCGAAGCUCUCCUUACUGGCAUUCCCAUGGCUCGGCUCUCGUCAUUGGCACUACCCUUAUCAGGGAGAUUUCCAAGUUCGAAGAAUCGCUGCAAGACAAGACCACCCAAAUGGAUUAUCUGUUUUUUCUAGAUAAUGUCAAUGUCCCCGCUGCCCUCGAAACUCGAAAGUUCUUCCCUAGCUCGUACUCUGCGAGUGAGCUCGUUUGUCAUGAAAAAGCUUUCACAAGUGCAACCCACGAAAUCCAUUGA